AUGGGGGCAACUACAAAGGACGGGAUCUUUGGUGCCAUGGAGAACGCGAUCAUGGAGUUGCGUGCGGCAGCGAGCAAAGCGCUAGAAGCUGCCACAGCGAAUGUGGAGGUGACGGAUGUGGCCGGCUUCGAGAUUUUAGACGAACUGGUCAGUCGUAUCACGAACCUUUCGACCGAGGUCGGCAAGGUAAAAGAUGUCCACACGUCAAUAGAAGAGACGAAGUACGGUACCGUUAUUGAGUGCUGCAUUGCGCGAGACUGCAAUACAGACGAGUCGAGGGGCUUUGGCUUUGUGACCUUUCGGGAGGCGGCACAAGCUACUCGGGCACUGGCCGACAGGCAACAUUUUAUCGACGGGGGUCCCGUGCACGUAAGACCCUACAAUUUGAAGAAGAAGGAGAAGAAGAAAGAGAAGGAGAAGUUGGUCAUCGUAUCCUCGGUCAAGCUGAUUAAUGUGUGGAGAUAUAUGCGACCUAAGGGUAAUGUGGUAUUAAUGUAUUUCGGGAAUGAGGGGGACGAGAAUGUGGGGCACAAGGAUGAAGGUGGUGGCUCCGGGUCUAGGCGAGACGUGAAUGAGUUGCGCCUAUCCGUUGGUAAUCUGAGCACUUCCACCGGGCAGCAGGCCUUGAAGGAGUACUUCUCUCGCUACGGCAACGUUACAGGUGUGGACAUAAUUCUAGAGCGUAAGAGUGGAAUGCCACGAGGUAUUGCUUUCGUAAACAUGAGCACACCACAAGAAGUGGAGGCUGUUCUAGAGGCGCGUCCUCAUCAACUGAGUGGGAAAGCCAUCAUCGUACGACCUGCAUAUUUACGAGCUUCAAAUCAAUUUGGUGCAGUCGCCAGUGUGAGACUGGAUCAAGUAAUGCGCAAAGCCUUUGUCGUCUUCUCCACUACAGAGGCGUUCCAGAAUAUGAGGAGAAAGUACAUUAUCUCCAUCGAUGACGAGCAUAUUCUCAUUCGUCGUGUUGAUGGAACUUGUAGUGUAGUCAAUCCUCUAUUCUCGAUAAAGAACGUUCAAGCCUAUUACCUUUAUCAGACUUGA